CAUUUUUCUUGGAGCUCUAACGUGAUUUUUCGGUAUUGCGAAGAAUAAGUUUGGAAACAUUUUUACAACUAUUUUAAACUUAUAAAAGUGAACAUUUUAAUUUAUUGCAUUAUAUUUUACAUUAUUUUUCACGUUAUGAUAAGGAAAAUCUAUAUUAACAUAAUAUUUAAAAAAAAAAGAAGAAUAUUGUUGGCUUUGUGAAAGAAACAAUCGGGAAAGUGUUGUGUAUAGAAUGAGUACAAUUUAUAUGAAGAGUUUUUUAAAAACGAAUAUUUAAUUGCAUCUUUUUGAUGCAUGAUGAACACUCCAACCAGAGAAUUUUUAAGAAGACCAGACGGUUCACGUAGAAGAUCUGCACGUCAAGCUUUAGCUGUUAUUCCUAAUAUCCCUGGUGAAGUACUUUCGAUUGAGCAAAAUAAUAUGGACAAUGUAAUUAAUAGUCGACACACUUCAGAUUCUUGUAGUCCAGCUCCUAGUCCUGACGAACUUGUUAUUCAGAAACGAGGAAGACGACGAAGGACUAUUGUCUGGUCACCAGAUCUGGAUGCCUGUAAGCGUGACAGCUUAUUAAGUUUAAGUUCCAAGGAUCGAACUCCAGUAAAGAGUCCAAUAAAGGCCACCAUGUUAUUGAAAAGUACACCUAGAAAGAGAUUAUCUCUUGGCGAUGAGACUAGAUUUAGUUUAUCAGAAAAAAAGAAGAGAACACCUUCGAAAUCCACAAACCUAAUUAAUACUUCAGUACAAAAAAAGUUCAAUGGAAAUUUAGUAAAUGGAUUACGAGGUCUUAGCCAUGAUCAGUUGGUUAAACUUAUUACAGAUGUAAUAUCUAUGCAAGAAAGUGGUACCUUACGAGGAGAUGACAAAUUAAGGGAUAUCUUUAUGAACAAAAUACCAAUGGCGGAUAUACAACCGCUGAGAGAAAAACUUUGUAAUUUGAGGCAAAAUGUUUUUGCUAGUCUUGUUUCCUCUAAUACAGAUGACUGCGCAUAUAGUCGCGCAUACAUACAUUUAGAAGCAUUUCAAAAAGCAGUAAUUGAUCAAGGGAGAAUACUUCUAGACUCGCAACAUUGGUCAUCUCUGAUGCAAUAUGUUUUUGCAGCAUGGAAUAUAAUUAAAGAAUUACCUGAAUGGGAAAGUCAGGGUUUAGAUAAUACUACUUGUAAAUGUUUCAAAAAUUUAGCCAUAUUGUGUAGUCGUGCGUUAAUGGAAGGACGUUUCAAUUUACCUAUGUUGAAUUUGUACAGAGAGAGAUUGGAGGCCAUGGCAAAAGACUGUGAAGAAAUAAAUGCAUGUCUUCAGCUAUUAAAAGAUAGCAAUCCAGUUAUUGUCUAGGUAUAUUUAAAUUAUGAUUAAUUUACAUACUCUUUUUAUAUACGUUGACCCAAAAAUCUUGAAGUUAAUUUAGAAUAAUUCAUUUCUUCUUUUUUUGUUUUUGUCUUUUUGCAGUGUCAUGGUAUUAUUCUCUUAAUAUAUUAUUUAAUAUA